UUCAAACGUUGAUUCGGGAUUUAUUCCGAAACAGAAAUCUUAAAAUGUGGACUGACCGAUCUCAAAUGGACAUUCUAACGAAUUCAGAUCAGUCUUCUGAAAUAUUAUCGCAUUAAUAGAUCGAUUGGUAGGAUGGAACAAAAAAAAAAUAACGGGAGCAGUAAGUUGUAGUGACGGUUAGUAAUUUGUAUAUACUUAAUUUAUUAUUUAUAAAUAUCUUGCGUAUAUUGAUAAAUGAUAAUAUAAUACAAUUAUUGAUAAUAUAACACUACACUGCGUUUAUUAUGCAUUUAUAAUUAAUAUAAUUAAUAAAAUAUAUAAGUAAUAAGUAUAUACAUUGUGUCCCGUCUUAUAUGUACCACUAAAUAUCUAAUCUCGAAAGCCUUAGAUUUAAAAACGGUUUGCUGUGAUAGAUAGAUGGUACCGAAGUACACAUUUUGGGAAAAUUUCAAAUUCUUAACUCCUUUGGUUCGCGCAUGCGCAAUACAACUUAGGUUUUUUUUUAAUAGCGACCCUUAAUUUUGACACAAGAUAUGGGUAGAUCAUUUUUUCUAGGACAUUUUGAUCCAUUGACUAUAGUCCUAUACCUAAAAUUGACCGAAUUACAGGCUAAAAGAUUUUUAAAAAUUGAAAAUAAUUCUAUUUUUCGAAAAACAUAAUACACUUGUAUUGAGGGGAUUUUUUUCAUGAAUAGGUUCAUAAAAAAAUACAUGAAUACAUGAUACAUAAUUAUACAUAGGUACAUAAAAAUGAAACAAAAAGUAAAUUACUUUGUAUUCAAGGCCGGAUUGGUUAGGUUUGGGCCGGUCGUGUGAGUGUGAGUGAAAAUAAAUUCAUGUUUAAAAUACGAUUGGCCACAUAUAAGCUCGUAAUAAUUAUAGACGUAAUUUUGGGUCACUGAAUAUGUAAAUGGGCCGCUUAUAGAAGUGAACAUCUCGAUGGGCCGAUACAUACCAAUCCGGUCCUGUUUGUAUUAUCUAAUUUUUAUUUAAGUACAUUUGUUUAUCUAAUAAAAUGUUCAAAAUUGGCCCCAUUAUUUAAAUGUAGGUAAGUAUCCGUAUUAGACAAAAUGACAAUAGCAUAUUGUGUGGCAAGGGCGGGAACUGGGAAGUGAACUAUUUCAGUCGCGGGCAACGCGAUAACAUUUCGCACUAGACUGAAAUUGCCUUCCCGCACGAGCCACACAUACUAUUUUUUGUCACGCCUCUGCGUUCAUUGAUCCCGCCAUCACGACAGAGGUAAUUCAAGCUAGGAUCUAUGCAACAACCAGACUAUUCUACGAAAACAAUAUUUCAUGAAAAAAAAAACGAUUUGGUUUUAUUUAUUACAAGCGUCAUGCAUGGAGGUUAUAAUAUGAAUAUAAUAUGUAACCAAAAGUUUAUGUUUUGUAAGGACGUGGCAUAGAUAGAUUUCAGUAUAAAUAAUAAUUAUUAUAUUAAAAUAAAAUAAGAAUAAAAAAAUGUAAUCAAGGCAAAGGUAAUAAAUAUGCAUUAUGCGGAGAUCUAUGCAACAACCAAAUUAUUAUACGAAAACAAAUUCAUGAAAGAAAAAUGUUUACGCGUCAUGCAAGGAGGUUAUAAUAUGGAUAUAAGAUGUAACCAAAAGUUUAUGUAUUAUGAGGACCGUAGUAUAGAUUUUAGUGUCUGUUUGUUCAGAGAAUACGCGUGAAUGCGUGAUAUCUGAGCUCAGUACUCUUGGGGAUUUCCAUUUUACAGCCCGGUAUUUUUGGGGAUUUCCAUUUUACCGCCCGAUACUUUUGGGGAAUUCUUCUUUACCACAGGGUACUUUUGGGGAUUUCCACUUUAGCGCCCGCUGGACGGAAAAACAUCGCUUUCCAACUACGCUUCAACUGUCAUCGAAAACUAAACUUUCGGUGCAGGCGUGACAAACAAUAUCACGUACUAUACCUACUUUUACUUAAGAUCGCAUAAAUGUUUUGUUAAUUGUUACCCACACGACCACACGCGUUGUACGUACCUACUUCUUGUUUUAGUAUUUCAAAUUUGUAUUAGGAUUUAUUUGUUUAAUCGACUUUAUUUUUCGACACAAUGGAAAACAAUUCUGAAAGUAAGUAACAUAAAUAAUAUUUAGGUUUAUAUUUUAACUUUUAACCAAAUUGUGGUGUAGAUACAAAAUCAAAUUAAAUUAUUAAUUAAUUAUAGCAAAUAAAUAUAAUUUCUGUUCGAAGAUAUAAUCAAAUUAUUAACUUUUCGUCGUUUAGUUCGUUCGGAAGACUCCAUAAAUAUUUUGACAGGACGGUCGACCAGUACGGCAGUACUGCCAGAAUUUCAAACUAAAGUUUGUGGUAUUAGUGCCUAUAGUGGAGGAAUUUCGAAUAUUGUAUUAAGCCACCCAUUUGUAUCUUAAUAUCUUAUCACGUUUAUACUUUUAAGUUACAUAAUUGGUAUAGAUUGGCUGACAAAUUAUCCAUAUCGAGUAAAUUGUUAAAAUAUUAGUUUUUGCGAUAGUCCAUUUAUUUUUUAUAAAAAUUGUAUUUGUACGCCGAGAUGGUUCACUAUCGCAAAAACAGAUGUUUGUUUUUGAAUAGCUAAGAACUAGCUCUAUUACUUCCAUUUGUUCUACAAAUGAAAAAAUUGCGUAAUUUUAAGUGGCACUCUUUAGCAAAUACAAAAACACCAAAAACCUAUGUUUUUAAUAUUCUUAGUACGAUGUAAAAUAGAAAAAAAUAAAAUCUAUUUUUAGUAUUUUGUAUUAUUCAAGGAUAUACAUAGUUUACAUUAAAAGUAUUGAUUAUUUUAAAAAUAUUUAUACUACGACUGUAAAACAUGUACAAGUAUAAGACAACGUAGAACUAUCAACGUAAGUAUAACUAACUUAUAGAAGUAAGAAAACAUCUCGCGAACAAUGGUAUUGUUCUCGUGAAAUUGGGCCUAGAAGGUUGUAGCUGUGUUUCAGUAUUCCCAAGCGUGUGUAGCUAUUGAUUUUAUAAAAAAAAAACAUAAAAAUUAAAAUGUUUAGUGUAUAGUUUUGGUCGCGUAAAAUGACGUUUCAGACCACUGUGCCUCGGGCGGCCACCAGCUACCUCCUUGUGGGUUCUCGUCGGGCCGAGGUGCACUACAACAAGCGGCCGUACUCUGGGUGGAGCGAAAGGAGGAUGCCCUGGUGCUCGACGGCGGUUACUAUGGCAUGCAGCGGCGGCAGCAGCCUGCACGGCAUCAGGAUCCGUCAAGCGGAGGACGAGUCUGGAAAUCAGCCUUUGCCGGAGGACCACCACCACGGAGAUACUGCCCGCGUCUGUAAAACCGGCCCGCGAGUGUUCAUUCUGGGGGCUGGCAGGCUGUCGGCCGGGCGCUUCGGACUAGAAAGCUUCUGGCUGCAGAUCGAGGUGUGGCCCGUGCGUGCCGGAUCCGCGGAGAUGGUGACAUAUGUGGAGGAGGAAGAACUUUUAGAGGUGAUGGUGAAACUGAUCGAAUGGACUAAGAAGUUUGACGACGAUGGCAGUUCCGAGAAGCGCGAUAAGACUUCAAGAAUUCCGGCGAGCAUAUCAAUUGGAAGCUCGCCGGUCAAUCGUAGAAGGAGUUAUCGAAAUGGCCAUUGUUGAAUAUAACCGUCUAAGAACUUUGUAUACGCCAGACUUAAUAACUAUUCUAUCUAAAAAGUCUCGACGACAAAAAUAUAAGAUCGUACUUGGCUAUCUUUGCCUGGUAUUGACAACGCUCAAGAGUCCAAUCUCUUAGCUUCUCAACAGAGAACCAAUCGGUCUUACAAAAGAAAAUCUACGACAUAUAAAAAAAAAUUAAGAAAUUAAAAAAUUAAAAAUAAAAUAACACGUCAUCCACGAUGCUGAAGCCCGCAAAAAUAAAUGAUAUCUCAACAAAAACAUAACUGUGAAAAAAGGCCAAAAAAAUGUGACUUAAGUACUUAACACAUUAUUUACAUAAUUUUAUAUUUAAAUAGUAUAUAAUUUGAUAACAUUGAUUAAAUAUACUUAAAAUUUAAUAACUGUAUAUGUAAUCAAUAUUGAUAGGUCUUUGAUAUUGAUAGGACUUUGAUAUUGCCGUAUAAAAAGAAAAAUAAUACCUGAAAUAAAAACACCAAAUUUUUCUUUUUGACGCCCUAGGGCACUUGCCCCAUUGUCCUCCCUCCCCCCUUGGGAGUAGUUGGGACAGCUAUGUUUAUGGUAUUCUAUGGUGUAUACUGUAUAUACAGAGUAGAGACACAAGAAAAACAAACGGCAUACUAAAUUGUAAAAUCAUACAUUCAUCCCUCUGCCCAGUAUCUUGAAUUAUUUUGAU